GCAGGGUGUUUAUUUGUGUUUGUGAGGGUCAGACACAUCACGUCUCUGUCCCCUGUAAGCUCGUGUAGUCUUAACAUGACGAUAACCUGAGAGAGCAGCACUGAACGAGGCGGCUGGAGAACCUCUCCGAUUUGAACGUGCCAAGUGAAGGGAAAGCAAAACAUGGCUGGUUUAAUGGCAGAUUUUGGUCAUUACACCCAUGCCAUCGUUCGGGGAGUCCCCGCGUCCCUGGCCAAAGACGCGCUCCGGAUCGUCCAGGCGGACAUCGACGUGGUCAAGGCGCAGAGGGAGCACGAGGCGUACGUCGAGGUGCUGAAGACGAGGCUCGGGCUGGAGGUGGUCGAGCUCCCCGCGGACGAGUCGCUCCCGGACUGCGUGUUCGUGGAGGACGCGGCCGUGGUGUGCGGUGACACUGCGCUCAUCACCAGACCCGGGGCAGAGAGCAGGAGGAGAGAGACGGAGCUUAUGAAAAAAACUCUGAAGGAUUUGAACCUGAAGAUUGUGGAAAUGACUGACGAGACUGCCACACUGGAUGGAGGAGAUGUGCUUUUUACAGGCCGAGAGUUCUUUGUGGGCCUUUCCAAACGGACCAAUCAGAGAGGAGCAGAGAUCCUGGCAGAUGUCUUUAAGGACUACGCCGUGUCGACUGUGCCUGUCGUGCAGGGGCUGCACCUGAAAAGUUUCUGCAGUAUGGGAGGACCCGGACUCAUUGUCAUCGGCUCCAGUGAACCGGCACAGAAGGCCCUCAAGAUCAUGCAGCAAAUGAGUGACCAUCGCUAUGACAAGCUGACCGUGCCUGAUGACUUCGGUGCCAACUGCAUCUACAUGAAUCUGCCUAAUAAGGGACAUGUGCUGCUACACCCCACGGCAGAGCAGUUUCCGGAGAGCGCAAAGGUGUUCGAGAAGUUGAAGGACUACAUGCUGAUCCCCGUGUGCAACAUGGAGAAAGUCAAAGUGGACGGAGCCCUCACAUGCUGCUCUGUGCUCUUCAACAAGAAGGCCGACAUCUGAGCGCGCUCACCGGGAGGGGGGGGGUUGUCUCUCAGUGCAUUGUAACCAAGCGCAGGCUGUAUCCGAUCACCAAGGAUCCCGAGGUUUAGCGAAACCUCUGUGCUUAGAGGAGGGAUAGGCAAGUUAGUUGCUGCAGAGGGACAAAGAAAAUCUGAAUCAAAGGGAGUCAUCCGCUCUCCCCUCUCCUGCAUAAACACUCAAAUUACAUGAAAAGAUCUUCAAGUGUUAAUGAAUAGUUUAGUUGACAUAAAUACAUUAGCUUGAUUAUUGUCGUCUCUAUCUGAAUGAGGAUAUAGCAUCACAAUUAAUCUCGCUCUUGAUUUGGGUACAUUCUAACAUUUUCAAUGAAAAGCUUCAAUAAAAAGAUCAGAUGAGGCUUGCAGGUGAGAUAACGGGUCAUAAAUUCACCCCGUGUCAAGCCAUGUGUGUUUUGACAGUAUUUUCUUCUGAACAUUCAUCUAUCAACAUUUAAAUUCUACUUAUAACAAAUCUAAUGAAGGAAAAUGUGACUUGAGAUCAAAGGAGGAAUAGAAUAUGUGCCAUGUGCCCCCCCCUCUUCAACCUGCAGAGCCCUACGCUCCGUGUGUAGACUAAUCCUCGCUUCCUGUUCGAUUUUUACAACCCUUGAAUGGAGCCACACUGAACAGAGCGCCAGGCCAACUAACUCAGACAUCUAGAGUAAACAAUGUAAACAGUUGAUCUGUGCUGUUUACAUUCACCACGUUAACUGUGAUUUAAUUGUGUGCGUGCUCGGUUAUGUAAUGCAGUCGGGACACAGCUUGUGGUUCUCUUUUCAAGAACUGCAUUUGGGAGUAAGAUAAAGGAAAAAAUCCUUCUACUGCUGUAAUAUGAAAGCCUCUGUGUCACGGUUGCUAUUUAGCAGUACUCAGACGUGUCUGUUAAAUUCCUGCUGAUUCUUUACAGCUGGUGCUGAGUAAAUUUCAUGACUGUACAUCAUCCAAAACCACUGACGGACUAUUGUGUAAUUAAGAAAAAUGCAUGGCCAUUUAUCUGAUUGUGAAGUUGUUUUGAUUCCUCAUUUUGAAAAUACUGUAGAGAUGUGAGAUUUUGGUAUGAUUGUCGUGAUUAUUUGUUGUUGGGUUUUUUUUUUUUCUGAGACUUAUAUGUGAUGUAUUGCCAUUGAGACCUGAGGUGCUCUUACUUUUAACAACUGUUGCUUAUUAACCGUUGCUAUCGAUCGUACAGUACUGGAAACUGUGUUUGACUCAUCUGAAUAAUUGCCACCAGCUAGAGAAGCUAACAGAAGGAUUUUCAUUGAUUCUAUAAGACCAUGGCCAUUUCGUUUUAAGGUGCACUCUGAAGGAAUGGCCGGUUUCUCUUUGUAAACAAGACAUACCAAACCUGUCCCACAGAAAACAGCUGCAGCCCAGAAAUGUCCCAACCACAGCAAAAUAAGACCCAGGUAGAGGCCAGGACCUCUGCAGAUAGAGACACUGCCACACACUUCUAUUGAAUCAGAAGUGAUGUUUGAGAGGGAUUACUUUUGUAUGAGUCUAAAUCUAGAGAUUGUUUUUCAGACAAAAACCUGCAUAGUAUGCCUUAAAGCAAUUUUGCGUCCCUCCUGCUGAGCCGUUGUUUAGAUUUGUGUGGGGAUGCAGUUUCAUUCAUUCGUUUCCAUGUGUGUUCACAAUGGCAGAGUUGCGAGGAUGUCGGUGAGCUCUGCUUCGGUGGCUUUGCCGCUGUUGUUGCUGAAUUCAUGUUUGAGGCCCGUCGCCAUGGCAUAUGUAAACAUCCCCACUCUGCAUACACUCUGUACUGUAUGCGUGAAAGCCCAUCAGAUCUGCAACCGUGUUGUUUCUCAAUGUGAUUGUAAGUGAAAGUUGAGGAAAUGACAUCAGGAGGUGAUUCAACCUUCCUCCACAGACGUUUGUGUAUGGGCAAGCGGGCAGUGAUGAUGAAACAUGGAAAGAAUUCCUGCUGGGAGGAGAGGCUUGUACACCAGUAAACACUGACUCUCUUAAACUCUCUCCGUCUUUCUCUCGACUGUCUCACUCUCGGCACUCACUUUCUCCCACCCUCUGCUAUUGCCUCAUAGACGAGCUGGGCUAAUUUAUGGCCAUGAUAUCAUACAGUCUGGCGAACGCUGUAGAUGUGAUGGCCUGCCGUUAAAAGUGUGACACUAGUAGUAUAUUUAACAGAGGGCGGCUGGCUGGGUGCGGGGUGAUAGCAUAGUUGUAGAGCAUCCAGUUCUGAUUCUCACGCAGUUACUCCUGAAGACUGAGCCAGGCAGGACCAGUCAGACACCGAAUGAUGAGUGCAACGUCAACUAUUGGAUUUUAUGCAAGUAAAGUCAUUUCGUCUAAAAUUACCAUCCACUCUCACAUUGCUCCAAAUGGCCUCUUGGUUGUACAGCUCCAGGGCACCAUAACCUUUUCCUACUGCUGAUUUAAAAUCAGAAGAACAUUUAAUACAUUUUUGGCUCUUGGCUGGCAGGCCUGAAUGUGAGUAACUGCUCCAGAAGAAGUGUGCUGACUUAUUUUUCACUCUUACUAAUCCCUGCACUCAUCCCAGUAGUCACUGAUGUUGUGUUUGCCCUUGUUCCAACUCAGGUCUCUUGGUUUUCAUACAAAUUGUGAGUAAGUCAUCUUAAAUUGAGCCUUUCAUCUACUUUGUGUAAUAAAUUAACAUUAGCAUUCAGCUGUGUUGUACUUUUUU